ACGCUAAUAUCUUUAGUUCGAUAUUCAAUUAUGAAAAUUAUAGUAGUCAGUCUUUUGUUGGUAAUUUCCCUAGUGGGAAAACACCAGAUCAACGCUAAAAGUGUGCUGAAUAGUACCUUGGGCAACGACAUUGGUAAAGAUUCCUCCGACUUGGGUGAUCAAUUGGGUCAAGAGAUCAUUCAAUUUGGUCAAGCAGGCGCCCAAAGCAUCUUAAAUUAUGGAAAAGCAGCGGAAAAUGCAUCAUCAAGUUGGCAACUUGGAAUGGAUGGCAAUAUUCUUGGUCACGAAUUGGGAGAAGAGGGCACUUUACUAGGACAAGAGGCUUCCAACAGUGCCAUUAACUUUGGACACCUAGUCGCCCAGGAAGCGGCAGCCAGUGCAGAAAGUAAAACUCAAUCUGCCAGCCAAACAACUAAGAAAUCUGUCUCCAAGAGGGAAACCGUCAGUGACACUGAAAAUCCUGCGGUUACCUGUGCUUGUACUUGCUACAAUGAUGGAGUUGUUGACAAAGCCGCUGAAAAGGCUGCAGUAUCGGCCGCAAAUGCUGCACAUAAUGUGGCCAGCGCUGCUGGAAGUGUGGCCUCGAGUGUGGCUGGUGCCGCUGGAACUGUUGCUCACGACGCUGCCGGCGCGGCCUCGAGUGUGGCUGGAAGUGCAGCGAAUGCUGCUGGAAAUGUUGCAAGUGCAGCGGGAAGCGUAGCUGGAAAUGUUGCAAGUGCAGCGGGAAGCGUAGCUGGAAGUGCAGCAAAUGCCGCUGGAACUAUUGCUCACGAUGCUGCCGGUGCGGCCUCGAGUGUCGCAAAUGCUGCUGGAAGUGUGGCUGGAAGUGCGGCAAAUGCUGCUGGAAGUGUGGCUGGAAGUGCUGCAAAUGCCGCUGGAAAUGUUGCUGGAGACGUUGCAAAUGCAGCUGGAAAUGUUGCUGGAAGCGCAGCAAAUGCUGCUGCAAAUGUUGCCGGUGAUGUUGCAAGUGCGGCUGGAAAUGUUGCUGGAGAUGUUGCAAAUGCAGCUGGAAAUAUUGCACAUGAUGCGGGGAGCAUUUUUCACUCCAUAUUUUAGAGUACUCCUCUAUAAUUUUACUCAUUUAGCCCAAUAAAUGAACGAGCAAUUAA